CUGCAAUCACCCCUCUCUCUCUCUCUCUCUUGCAACGACAAUGGUGAUUAAGUACAGAGUCUCUCUCCUCCUUGUUUCACUUGCUAUUUUCUUCCAAGGAUCCAGAGUAUCCGCGCGCUCUACAGUAUUCACCGUCAAAAACCUUUGUAGCUACACAAUUUGGCCUGGCACAUUAGCAGGAAACAAUGGCGCCAUCCUUGGCGGCGGUGGCUUCUCACUGGCCCCCAAUGCAUCAAACCAAUUCCCAGCCCCGGCCGGUUGGUCUGGUCGGUUUUGGGCUCGAACAGGUUGCAAAUUCGACGGGUCGGGCAACGGAACAUGCUCCACCGGUGACUGUGGCGGCAAGCUCAACUGCAGCAACAGCGGCGGCGCACCGCCUGUCACCCUUGCAGAAUUCACAAUCGGCAGUAAUAGUAAUCACUUCAUGGAUUUCUAUGACGUGAGCCUGGUGGACGGGUACAAUGUGGGCAUGGGAAUACAGCCCUCGGGUGGCUCUGGAGAUUGCAAGUAUGCUGGCUGCGUUGCUGACUUAAAUCCAAACUGCCCGCCAGAACUAGAAGUGACCAGCGCUGGUUCUACAGUCGCGUGCAAAAGCGCGUGCGCGGCUUUCAAUACGCCGGAAUAUUGUUGCACCGGCGAUCACUCGACGCCCGCGACGUGUCCACCGACCGAGUACUCAAAGUUGUUCAAGCAGGCUUGCCCUGACGCCUAUAGCUACGCUUAUGAUGACGAGACGAGUACUUUUACUUGUUCCGAGGCGGAUUAUACGAUCACAUUUUGUCCCACAUGAAUGUGAACUGUUCGAACUAGAAUAAAUUAGGCCCUCUAUUGUGGCCUUGUUUUAGGCCAUUUAUUUUUGGCCUUUAUUUUCAAUCUUUCCUAUCUGGUAAUUAACCGGAUCUAUGUACUCAUGGCUAUUACUCAUUAUUGAGUUACGCCAUGUUAAUAAUAUCUGUAUUGCUACAUAUCUGUAUUGCUACUUUACGGAAGUAAAAUUCCGUAAUAAAUGAUUAGUGUGUUUUGAUA